AUGUCUGAGGAGACGGUGGGCCGCUCCCUAGCAGACCUAGGUGAACCUAUUCGGCGUCUCUUGCUGCAAAUACAACGAAAUUUGACGGAUGAAGAACUUGAUAUGUUUGCCAAGAUAAGGGUGCGUCAGCUUGCCAAGGUGUAUGAUAUGUUGGCUUUGGAAGAGGACCCUGAACGGAUUUUGGCGUGGCUAAAGAAAGAGCACUUAAAGGCGAAGGGCAUUGAUCCAGAGGAGGCGAUGGAGAAAACACGCAACAAAGUUUUGACUGAGGGGGGCAGAGAUCCUAUCGCAUACUUCAAAGAGAUUGAACGAAAAAAUAUGGAGUUAAUGGAAAAAUUGAAGCAGACGCAAAAGGAACGUGAGAAAAAGCGCGAGGAAAACAUUGCUGAGCGACGACGUCGGCGUGAGGAAUGCAGGGCGCGUGCCCUGAAAAGGAAGGAGGAGGCAAGAGACGAAGUUGAGGAUGUGAAUUCGAUGAAACCAGAAGAUCUUGCCGAUAUUAUGGGUGCUUUUGAAAGAUUUACCUCAAAGCAAUCGACCUUUGAUAAUUCAAGCGGUGCUCAGGAUAAUGAAUGGUGGAAACGUGAUGAAUAUCGCUGGGAAUACGAAAAGCAUGGUCUCAAGGGCAACAGAUGGACGAGUGUCGUUGAAGGUGGUUCUAUGAGGGCGCCAGAACCUGAGAUUCAGAUGCGUGAAGAAUGGUAUCGUGUACAGUGCUGGUGGAAAACAGAUGCUCAGCGUCGAAAUUGGUUGGCGUAUCGCGACGCUGAAUGGUGGAAGGAAGAGCCCUAUAUUACAGAUUGGCUGGAUAAUGGCGAAAAUGGAGUUAUGUGGGCUGCGGCUGAUGAAUUGUCUGGGUAUAAUCGUCGUGGAAAUCGUCGGAAGGCGGUGAGGUUAGAGCUGGAUCGUCGAGUAAAGUGGUACAAAGCAAAUGGGCCUAAAGGCAUCGUGAAGACAUGGUGUGCCUUGUUUGAAGGCAGCAAAGACCACUGUACGGUGGAGGAGAAAUUCGAACGUGAUGAUUAUUACAAAAAUGGAGAUUGGUGGAAAUCUGAACUCUACCUUAAUUCUCUUUCCGACAAUUCUGAUGACUGCCCUGCACUACGAUUUGCCUCCGCUGCAGCUAUGGAUCUGGAAUGGUGGAAGCAACCACUUUUUCGUGCUGAUUUUGAAAGGGGUGGUGUGCGUUGGAAGGCCUUGAAUGAGGAAUUGGCUGUACGUGGUAUCAAGGAAUUUGUGACGGACGAAGAACUUGAUCGGAGGAGAGCUUGGUUUAAGAACUAUUGGUGGAAGGGAGAGAAAUUUAUCCGAGACUAUGAGAAGAAUGGGUCUGCGGGUAAGCUUUGGAAAGCCACGGAUGCCGGAUCAAACACACUUGCCGAUGCUGUUCUUAUUCGUUCACGAGAGGAGUGGUAUCUUGCCUGUCGUGAAACAGAGUGGUGGAAAGGGGAGAAGUACAUUCAAGACUGGGUAUGUUAUGGAGAGAAAGGCUUGCUUUGGACGGCAGCUUGGCGUAAUGCGGCGUUGCGCGGGGAUGGGAAGAAUAAGGCCUCUGCGGCGGCGUUAAGAGAGCGUGCGGAAUAUUAUGAAAAUAAUUUCUGGAAGCAAAACAAGUAUGUCAGGGAUUACAUGGCUUUUGGAGAAAGAGGGCUACUUUGGAACUCUGAGCAGGCUUCCGCCGCGAAGGAUGUUGAUUGGUGGAAGAGUCCCUUUCUGUUCCGUCAGUGGCUUUUGGCUAGCCAUGCAUUUCCGACGGAAUUCUGGAAGGAUCCUGAAGUGAUAUCCGAUUAUUGGAAGAACAAGGCGGCCGGGAAGAAGUGGACCGCUUCGAAUGCGCUGGCCGCCACACUGGAAAAGGGUGAUGUUGAGGUGGCUUCUUCUGAUGAAUUGGCAGUGCGCGAACGGUUCUAUGAAAAGUAUUGGUGGCGGCAGAGAGAGUACUUGAACGAUUUCUGCGCAAAAGGGACAAAGUGGUCUGCCCCAACACCCGAGGGAAUUGGUAAAUGUUCUGCUGUCGAACUGAAAGAACGACAGAACUACUUCCAGCCAAGUGCGCUCUCGCGUGUGGUGCUUGGUUAUCAAUGCUUAAUUGAGUUGGAUGCGGUUGCCCCUGUGUCCGGUCUAUUUGCUUCUUGUGAAGAAUUGCAUUUGCGGGAGCAGCACUAUCAGAGAAAUUGGUGGAAGACGCAGGCAGGUUUAACGGAUUAUGCUUUCCAUGGUGGCAAUAGCCUGUACAUACGGGCGGCCUCGUACGAUGACGCGCGUGCCUUGGAAGGCGGCAACUGCUCCUCUCCCAUUGAAGCGGCAGCCAGGAUGUUGUUUUUUGACAGUGGCUUUCUCGAGUACAGCGCUGACCAUGAAUACGUUGGGGAGUUUAUCGCCGCAGCUGAUUGGUGGCAAGCGCCUGCUAUUAUUUCCGAUUUUUUUGAUAAUGGUGAGAAUGGGGUGAAGUGGAAAGCAUGCAACUCGGCCAGUGGGACAUGUGGUUUUGCAGGGAGGGACGGCGCUUCAACAGAAGAGCAAAAUUAUCGCAAGAAUUUCUACGUAGCCAACUUUUGGAGGAGUUCGGAAUGUCUUCAGGACUUUCGCCGCCAUGGUAUUAAAGGGAAGUUGUGGACGAUGAGUAAACCUCUCGGUAAAGGAGAGCGUGUGGACGAAAAACACCUACUCGUUCGUGCACAGGUUCUUAGCGGAUACCCCGAGGAUGCAUGGAUGGAGGACAUGGAAGCCAACUGGUGGAAGGCCCCUGAAGUACGGGCAGACUUCUACGCAAAUGGCGAGUCGGGCUGCAUGUUCGGCGCGGUUAAUGCACACGUUGCGGUGGAAAGACUUGGAGCGAAAAAUGAAUACAAGGCCGAUGAGGCUGAACUACAGAAGCGUGUAGAGUUCUACCGCACGCAUCCUCUCUCCCCCGAGGAUGGGGAAAAGUGUCACUACCUCUACUUAAUCGAACCCUUCUGGCUCACGCCUGCCAGCGUGGAAGAUUACUGGGUAAAUGGUUCAAGAGGCAGAAAAUGGACCGCCGCCAAUGCAGCCGCGUUCAGUUGCUCCCUGGGUGAUAAGUUUGCGGCCACACCAGCGGAGCUGAAGAGACGCGAAGAAGCCCUUCAAACCGUCUUUUGGCGCGUUGCGGCGUACAAGGAGGAUUUCCUCGCCCAUGGAAAGGAAGGCAAGCUGUGGAACAUGAGCGAGUACGACGGUGCUGGGGAUGUCAUCCGCCGUGAGGAGGAGGUUGUGCGCACCUCGUACUAUCUUCGCUUGUCGGAGAAGUACUGGGCUGACUGCCGGUAUGCGGCCGUCAAUUGGUGGAAGGCGCCUGAGGUUCGCAACGACUACAACAUAAACGGUUCUCGGGGUAGUCUGGUCGGCGCCGCCACCGCCGCGGUGGCAUCCAUGGGGCUCUACAAGAAUGAACCCUACGGCGUUUCCGCGGCGACGAAGGAGCAAAGGAUGAGCUACUUUAAGACGCAUCCGUAUCGCGAUAGCCGUGUCCCUCAGGCUCUCUUGAGUCGCGAGUUGACGAAGACGUCGGCGAUGGGGGACUUGUUUUGGGUUCACCACGACUGCCUGGAAGACUUUUGCUUGCAUGGUGCCCAGGGAGCUGUUUGGUCGGCGGGGGAUGCGGCGGCGGCAAGCACCGGAUCCGCGCGCCUGUUCCGCGCCCACCCCGACGAGAUACGCCUUCGGGAGGCGUUUUUCAGGAAGUUUUGGUGGAAGGCCUCAAAGUAUCGGCUGGAUUUUCUCCAAAAUGGGUUUGACGGCCUCCUGUGGACAAAAAGCGCUCCCCACGCCGCUGGCGGGCAAGCCUCCAAGGGCGAACUCCUGCAACGCGUCUGCUACUACGCCUGCGCCGGGCUUGAGUGUGAAAGACGCGCUGAAGAGUUUACUUUGUGCUGGUGGAAGUCACCAAAUUCCAUUGUCUACUACAUGACCGAUGCAGACGACAGCGCGUACAUCAAAGCUCCCUCGCCGCAGGUGGCACUGUCCCAGCCCCGCGUUCCGGACGCCACCGCCGCCGCCGCGUCGUUGCUGGAGAAUCGCCAGCGCUACAUGGUUUUCUUGACCCCAACAGACGCCGCUGACGACAUCACCGAUUCGCAAAUCAUGGCUGGUGUGAAGCCUGAAAACGGCAUGUGGUGGAAAAAUGAGGCAUACCAGCGCGAGUAUGACACGCAACGACCAUUGGAGCACUGGAAGGACCCGAUGUGCAUCUCGGACUACCUCAAACAUGGCCCCAAGGGUAAGAAAUGGACCAUCGCAGGCGCCUUCUUCCCCAGAAACAUGAAGGCAGUCUGCAGUGAGGAAGAAAUGAAGGAGCGGGAGGCGUACUACAAGAUGAACUUUUGGAAAUCCGUGGAGGCACGCAAUGACUACGAAGUGAAUGGUCUUAAGGGAACCCUGUGGACCUCCUCGGAGCCCAAUGGUAAGGGAACCCCCGCUUCCGAUGCCGAGCUUAACGUUCGCAUGAACUACUAUAAACAAUCCCCCCUUUGGAAACUAGCCAUUGACCCUGGGACAGACGCGAAGUGCAAAUGGUGUGGCAUCCACGACGACUUGUUGCGGUGCUCGUGGUACGAAGAGAACUGGUGGAAGUGCAUGGUCGGGGAUGACUACUUGAACCGUGGCCAGAGAAGCACGUUUUUGCGUGCGUCGUGCCUGCGGGGGCUUUUGAGUGGGCCCGUGGCUUCGCCUGAGUGGCAGGCCAGUGAAGAAGAGGUGAGGCGACGCAUCGCUUACUUUGAUGGUCUGGGAGAAAUUGAGUGGUGGCAAAACCCCGUUGUGGUGUCGGAAUUUCUGAAGCACGAGGAGGGUGCCUUGUGGAAGGCGCGCACGUUUAAAGAGGCGCUGCUCAGCAUGGGGUUGGAAUUCCCCGCAGACCGCACGGAGCUGGAGCGCAGAAGGCGUUGGUACAAGGCCAACAGCUGGAAGUCCGCCGAAAUGGUGCAGGACUACGUCGCGGGCGGAAACAAGUGGAGGCCCGCAGAAACUUCUAACCCCGCGUUGUGCGAGGCGUGGAUGCAGUCGCACAGGCCAGCCCCCGCGGAGGAGCAAGCUAGACGAAAGCAAUGGUUUGACCACCAGCUAACGGACGAGCAGCUGCAGGUUCGUCGGGCGUGGCUUCUGAAGCGGUCUCGCGAUGCUCGCCGCAUACAUUUCUCAGAGUUGGGGGACCUUCUUGCGCAUCUAAAUGACGGCGUCCACCCCAGCGAGGACGAGAUCCAGGCGGUUGAGGACGCCAUUCGCGCCGAGCAAAAGUAUCAUUCCAUAUUUGAUGGCGUCACUCAGCAGGAUGUUAUGCGGGCGAUGCAGGCCACAAGCUUCUACAUUGGGGCAACGAAGGAGGAGCGGAGGAGGUCCGAGGAGGAGGCACUUGAGGUCCUUCAAAAGGAGGAGAUGGAUCGCCUGGAGGAGGAAGCUGCGCACUUGGCACAGGAGGCAUACGACGAGCUCGAGGCCGCCGGGGAGGAGUAUGUCCCCUUUGACGAGGCGGCGGACGCCGAGGAGGCAGAGUACCUCAAGGCCUUGGAAGAGGAGGAGGACGCCAGAGUGAGGCUCAACGAAGACGAUGUUGAAAUGAAGUGGGAGUCACAGAAGGAGGAGGAGGAGGAGGAGACUGCUGAGGAGAAUAACAGCGGCGAGGCGCUGAAGCAGCGGCAGCGCACGCUGGAGGAGGCCUUCGCGGCGGGGGAGUACGGCGGCGACGUGGGCGAGGAGGACACCGACGCCGCCAAGGGCGAGUUGGUGGAGGACGUGAAGGCCGCCCUCGAAGACCUCGUCAACGAGGACGGCUGGAAGGAGGAGGACGAGGCGGCGGCAGCUGCCGCCGCCAAGUGGAAUGCGGAGCAGGAGGAGGUGGAGGACUCGAUGGCGGCCGCCGCCAAAGACUUCGUGCUGCCGCUGCGCGCGGUGCCCAACCCGCAGUACCUCAAGGGCUACUUCACGCUGAUGAAGUACACGCCGAGCGUGAAUUUGAUCAACACCAGCCAAAAGCGCAUCUGGGUGGUGGACCACUUCACCCAGUGUUUCUACAACCUGGCGAAGAACAACCGCAUUCGCAAGGAGCACGCCGCGAAGAAGUUGAUUCAGUUGGAGAAAAACAUUGUCGACAAGACGCGGCUGCGGAUGAUGUUUUUCGACGCCUCGCACUCGUACGAUGUGCAGUUUGUCAACGCCAACGAGCGGGAGCGCUUCUACGAGACGGCGAGCGCCAUUCGCGCCGCCGUCCGCGUCUUUGCCCCGGACCUGGUCGACGAGCAUGAGACGCGGUCGCGCGUCACCAUUGACGCGUCCGGCGCCAACGCCUUGUCCGUGAUAUGCCCGGAUGCCUCCUCCAAACCCGUAAAGCGACAGUUGCUCGGCGAGUGCCGCAUCAACGCCACAAGGCACCUCACGGAGCAGAUCUCCAUUUGGUGUGGCACCUUCAACCUCGGCGGUCACCGUCCGCCCAGGCGCGUGGAGGAGCUGCAGCGCUGGAUGCCGCGGGGGAGGUACGACAUUUACGCCGUCGCCGUCCAGGAGGCCUCGUUCCGCCGCCACGAUAAUGAGUGGACAGACUACGUGCAAAGCUACCUCGGCGAGGACUAUCUUCCAGUUGCCAGCAUGCUGCUGUGGGAUAUUACGCUGGUUGUAAUGGCAAGUAGGCGGAAUAUUUUGAAGAUUACGAAUGUUGAGGGCUCCACGCGAGGAACCUCCCAGAGGUCGGUGUGUGGAAUGAAAGGUGGUGUGGCCAUCUCCAUGCAGUACUUGGAAACCUCCUUGUGUUUCUGCACCUGCCACCUGACGGCGCGCAAUGAGCAUUUUGCCAUGCGUAACUCCUUGUUGGAGGAAAUUGUCGGAAACGUUCACUUGGGAUUCCCGGGUGCCGACAUCACAAGUCAGUUUGAUCACGUGUUUUUCUUUGGGGACUUUAAUUAUCGCUGCGACAUUGACCCCGCCCAUGCAGUUAAGUUAGUUCAGCAGAAGAACUACGACAAGCUGCUGGCGUACGAUCAAUUUAUUAACCAACGCAACAGCUCGGGUGUCAUGCACGGCUUUGUGGAGCCGGCCAUCAAUUUUGCCCCAACCUACCGCCUUAGCAGUAAAUCUGCCGAGUACGUCCUGAAGAGCUCUCCCAGCUACUGCGCCCGUGUGCUGUACAAGAGCGUGCUCGAUUCGUGGGUAAAGUGCCUGGGCUACACCUCCGACCCUGAGCUGAUGCUCUCCGAGCACAGACCGGUCUCGGCCACCUUUCUUGUGCGCUGCGUGCGCCCGGUGAUGUCGUGUUUCAUGAAGUCGCAGACGCCCGUUCCAGAGUUUGUGUUCGACGACGUCGCCGUCAAGGACUACACCGGCGGCGUGAUCAAGAAGCCUACGCUGUCUAUAAGCGCGGAUUUCGCAUCCAACAUGGCGCCUGUUUUGUCGCAUGAGACACACACAACGGCGCCGCAGUGGAAGAAAGACACGCUGCCGCUUGUCACCUCCGUCACACAGGUGCAGGAGUACCUCGAGACGCGGCACAUUCUCCUCGUCAUCCUCGAAGGGUCCGAGAAGCGGGAGGUGAAGCAGAGCCGAGGAACGGCUGUGGUGACACUGAAGGGGCGCGUGAUUGGGAAGGAAGACACACCGGUGGAGUUCGACGCGGAGAUUGUCUACCGCGGCAGGUCCGUCGGAAGGAUUUGCGGCUCAUUGAAGUGGCAGGCUUUGAAGAGCCAACACUAA